UCUUACCCCGGACCCAAUGAGAGUUCACAGUGAAAUUACUAUGAAUUCACAGUGAAACUCUAUCAUGAACUAACGGUGUUACAACUAUCAGAUCAUUCUGAAGUCACGGUUAAAUCAUGGUAAAACGACGGUGAAAUCACAGUGAAAUUACUAUGAAUUCACUGUGGAACUAUUGUGAACUCACGGUGUUAUCUCUGUGAGACUACCAUGAAUCUACAGUGAUACCACCACUAAACCAUAGUGACGAAAUGGCACAAAAUCACUGUGAAUUCACUAUGAAAUUACCGUGAACCCACAGUAGAUUUACGGUGAAGACGAUUUCACUGUGAAUUCACUGUGAUUUCAUAGUAAUUCCGAAACUGCGAGGGUAGACAUGUUUAUGCUAAUUUAAAUAUUUGUGGAAUAAUUUUAAUAAGCUUUGUGAUGAUUUUCAGUUGAAAACGUAUAAUUGCACACUUUUAGAAUGAGAAAGAUAAUAAUUUAAUGCUGAUGACUGAGUGUGAUUACGAAUAAAAAUGACUGAACCUUCAAGCGAAAAUCUUAAUGAUCAACCAGCUGAUAAAAUUACUGAAGAAAUUCCAGACACUGGAAUAAAACAGAACACACAAAAAAAGCCAGUUUUAACGAGAAGACGUUUUUCAUUUAAAGAAAAAUUAAAAAUAUUACAGCAACUAGAGAAUAACAGUAUGAUGACAGUUUGUAAAAACUUUCAUGUAAAUGAAUUCACUGUUCGUAAGUGGAAAAAACAGCGAGAACUAAUUGAAAAAAAUUGUAAGGACAGAAAAUUAUGUAAUACAAAGAAAAAAAUAAUAGUUGGUAAUCCAGACGUUGAUGAUGCUUUGCAUAAAUGGUACUUGAAAGCAAGAAGAAAACGUUUGCCUAUAUCAGGACCUAUUUUAAAGUGCGAAGCUCUGCGUUUGAAUGAUGAACUUGGUGGUAAAAAAGACUUUGUCGCUAGUGAUGGUUGGCUUGAUAAUUGGAAAAGGCGAAAAGGUAUCAAGACCUUGAUGUUUGGAUAUAAAAAUCCUAAUUUGAGUAAUCAAAAGUGUUCAGUCUGCAAAGCUAGUCUGAAAAAAGAACAGAAAGUGGGAAAAAUAAAAUGCAUAGAAAGUAUUUUAAAAGAAAGUGAUGAUCAACAAACUUGAGUU